UCAAUUCCACCUGCAGAGCGCCUGUCCAUCUGCCUGAGGUUCCUUGCCACCGGGGACUCCUUCAGGACUAUUGCGUUCAGUUUUCGAGUUGGUGUGUCUACCAUGAGCCAGAUCAUCCCCCAGGUAGCGACAGCCAUCUGGGACUGUCUAGUGGAUGAUUUCAUGGCUGUGCCUUCACUGGGAGACUGGCAGUCCAUUGCAGAGGAAUUCCAGGAGCACUGGCACUUCCCUCUCUGCUGUGGAGCUCUGGAUGGGAAGCACGUCCAGACGAAGGCACCCCCCAACUCAGGAUCCAUGUUCCACAACUACAAGGGAACAUUCUCCAUUGUUCUCCUUGCGGUUGUGGAUGCAAGGUAUCGCUUCCGAGUUAUUGAUGUUGGGGGGUACGGGAGGACCAGCGACGGGGGUAUUCUGGCCAACUCCACCUUUGGUCAGGCUCUUCAGGCCGGGACUCUCCAUCUGCCUCCUGACCAGCCUCUACCUGGUGGAGAACACCGUGGAGCCCAGCCCCAUGUGUUUGUGGCUGAUGAAGCAUUCCCGCUGCGGCGUGAGCUCAUGAGGCCUUUCCCUGGACGCCUCCUCCCUUUAGAGAAGAGGAUCUUUAACUAUCGCCUUUCCAGGGCCAGGAUGAUAGUGGAGGGUGCCUUUGGUGUCCUCUCCUCACAGUGGAGGAUGUAUCAGCACUCCAUGGAGCUCCGUCCUGAAAUUGUGGAGAAGUGUGUGAAGGCAACGUGUGUUCUCCACAAUUUUCUGCGCUGUUUGGACGAGAGAGGGGCACCUGCUGUAAGGAGUGUGGCACCUGCUGUGGUGGAGCCGUUGCAAAGCCUGGGCCGUGUAGCAGCAAACAACUCCUCCAGAGAGGCUGUCCUGGUGAGGGAGAAGUUCAUGGCCCACUUCUCGGCGGAGGGAGCUGUGACUUGGCAGCCAAAGGAGUAG